CACCUGCACAGCACAUUGAAAACUUUAUCAUUGUCUUAUUUUAUUUCAGCCAAUCAAUCUUUACUUCUGUUUAAAAUUGUUUAUUUAUAGAUUAUAUAUAUCUAAAUAAAAUGGUAAAUCAAAAAUUGUGAUUAUGAAAAAUGGUUGUCACUUCUGCACCAACUCCCAAGGUUGCUGUUGAAGAGGAAAGCUUUCCAACUGCUGCCAUUAUUGUGAUAGCUGUUGGCGGGUAUAUGGUAUUGUUCGUCAUAGGCUUAAUUAUUCGGAAAUGUAUUGUGUCAAAAGAAGGGAACUGCUGUCCAACAUGGUGUUCAGAGCUGUGCUCAUGUCAAUCAUGUUGUAAUUCAGCAACAGACGAACCAGGUUGUAUGACGAAAUGUGCUCAAUCUUGCGACUGGUCUAUACCAUCUAAGAAGACUUGUAUGGAUUCCUGCUGUCCUACAAAACAGUGGUGUGACGACACAUUUUGUUUCUGCAUGUCAAAACAACCUCAAGGGGAAUGCUGUAAAUGCGACGCUUGUUCGUGUGGAGAAUGUGGAGACUGCUGCGACUGUCCUGAGUGUAAAGAUUGUUUUAACGAAUGCAAAUGUGAAUGUUGUGCUCAACCGGAAACCAUCGACUGUUGCUGUAUUGAGGUAAAGCUUUCCGGCUCUAACAACCCCCCUCAGGGUGGUGUGCACCAACAUAGUGGUCAUAUGAACCAAGGCGGUCACAUGAAUCAAGGUGGCUACAUGAACCAAGGCAGUUAUAUGAAUCAAGGCGGUUAUAUGAACCAAGGCGGUUAUAUGAACCAAGGCGGUUAUAUGAACCAAGGCGGUUAUAUGAACCAAGGCGGUUAUAUGAACCAAGGUGAUUACACUGACCAGGGUGUUUAUAUGGGUCCAAGCGGUGGUAAUAUGGGUCUAGGCGGUGGCAACAUGGGCGGCUCUAUAAUUCAGCAGCCUGGUUAUAUGCGUCAAAUGUCCGGUAGCGUGCAUCGAAGCCAACCAGGACAAUUUAAUGCAGGUCAAUCCGGAUCGUUUUAUCCGGGUCAAAUGAUGAACGAACCACCUGUCAGUUUUAAUAGAUCCUCCUCAAUGAUGAGCAAUCCGCAAUUAAAUAGUGGUUUAGGUAUGCGUAACCAACCUGGUGUGAACAGUAGUUUAAGUAAUAAGGAGGGAAGCAUAAACGCUGGCGGUGGAGGAAUGUUUUAUGCAAGGUCGUCGAACCAACAAACGUGACGAAAGUUUGACUCCGCAGAACAUUUUGAACUGACUACAAACGACGAACAGAAAGUAUAAAAGCGAGAUUUUUUAUUUGUUCUUUAAUGUGUUCUACGCAAGGAUCCCCGAUGAAAAAAAGAAUGCCAAUGGAUUUUUCCUUGUCAUUGUAUUUUUUUAAAUCUUCUAGAGCCUCCCCCUUUAAAUUGCGUAAACCGUGUCUUUUGUUUGUUUGUUUAUUUUGCUAUGUGGUUUUAUGUUUUUUGUCAAAUUUGUAAAAUAAAUGUAAAUAUUUUCCUUUUUAAUUUAUUUACAAUAAUAGCUAUACUGA